ACAUACCUGAUCGUGUGCUCCUUGUGGGCUUCUGCAGAGGGUGAGCCCAUCGAAGCAAUCGCCAAGUUUGACUACGUGGGGCGUUCGGCCCGCGAACUGUCCUUCAAGAAGGGCGCCUCCCUGCUUCUAUACCAGCGGGCAUCAGAUGACUGGUGGGAGGGACGGCACAACGGCAUCGAUGGCCUGGUGCCUCACCAGUACAUUGUGGUGCAGGACAUGUGAGUAUGCAGCCCAUAGAUACAAACACACAGCUUAUAGAGAUACUAUCACAUACGGUAUAUUAUGUUCAUAUUCUUAUUCCAUUUCGGACAUCAAUGGACUGGUGACAUUACAGUAUGUUGAAUUAAAUCUAUUAUUUUUAAAGAGUGUACAAUCCAGACAAGCGGUUUUGCACAGGAAUUGUUAGUGGGACAGGAUUUGUAGUUGCACAGCAACAGUAGUGCUUGCACAAUAUGUCCUCAUCCUUGAAGUCUAGACCCCUACUCCCUUACCAAUACAUAAGACUUUCGUUUAGCGACUCUUAUAUGCAGUAAAUGUGUCUACAUUAUUGAAGAGGACUCCUCAGUACAGUAGUACAACUGACCUCAUGCAUAACUGACCAAUCAGUUAAUCAAUCAAUCACAUUGUACUGCAUUUUGUAUUGUAUUUUCCCUCCUAAAACAGAGAAGGCCCAACCUCCCUUUUUUGGAGUGAAAGUGCCAUCACCUGUCCAUAUUUUGUUCUCCCUCUGGUUGAAUCACUGCGCUGUCCCCGUCUUGGUGGUCAAGUCCUCCCUGACACUGACUCUGCGGGGCCUUGGGCAUCAAGCUGGGGGCCUCUGUCUGUCCUUCCCACACUACUAUGAACAGGUGUUCUCUAGGGGUCCUUAACUACCCCCUCUGUCAUCCUCAUCCCCCCCCUGACCACCUUGAGCACCCCUCUGCCCCGGGAACCAUCCCUCUGCCCCGGCAACAGUCCCUGCCUAAUGGGAUGGAUCUACACCCUCAUUAAGAGGGUGAGAGAGAGACUCCGCAUCAUUUAGUAGCUGGCCAGAAAAACGCCUGUUUUAAAACCCCUCCUCCCUCAGUGUUGCGGGUCCUUUUCCAGCUGUCCCUCCAUGUGCCUGUAUCAAUAAUUCACUGGGCGAGGCCCCGGCUCUGAUGGCUGUUUUCUUAGUUAAUGGAACGGCCCAGAGAAUUUGCAAGCAGGCGGGCUCUCCGUGCUCCAAGACAGUGUUUAGACACACGGCCCCAUUAAAGGGCCCAGAAUAAAGUGACGUCUGGGAGAUAUCUUGGCCUUUCUCCGUCUCUGUUUGGCAGCCAGGGUAUCCUCUUUCAGAGCUGAGCUAUGGGGCCAGGAGCACUCUAAGGCACUAGUGGGCGGAUAUCACUACUAAUUCACAGUAUGGUAUAUAUAAGCACUUGGUUGAAAUACAGUAAGAUAAGUUUUGCGUAUCAGAUGGCUGGGCCUCGGUCAUCCUUCUUGUGAUCCUUGUGUGCGUGCACUGCAGCGUGUGUGCGUGCGUGUGUCUAGCUGCAUGGUUUAGCAGCCAGUCCAUUAGUCCCCACUCCACCAGGCUCUGUGGCUACUAAGCAGCUCUGAUUGCUGCCACCUGACAGGAACAGGCACCAACUGUAGUAUAUGCAGCUAGCACUCAGCUCAGUCACACAGGCAGCCCACUGAGAUAAACCAUACAGCUGGCACUGGUCAUGCUGCCUGGCAGCCCUGGACACACCACUACUAAUGGCAUGCUAAUAGAUGCAGGCCUAUGAGUCAACAUGAGCCUGGAGGAGAGGCUUGUUAGGAAUGAUUGACUGAACUCCUUUGUAGUUCAGUUGGUAGAGCAUGGCGCUUGUAAUGCCAGGGUAGUGGGUUCGAUUCCUGGGACCACCCAUACGUAACAAUCUAAGUCGCUUUGGAUAAAAGUGUCUGCCAAAUGGCAUUUAUUAUUAUUAUGAUUAACUCAAUGCACUGUGGUCAAAAGCUUUACACUUCUAAACUUUUGUUGCAUAAAAAUAAUUGCUGUAUUUUUCUCUUUUGUGCCUGUGUGCGUGCGUGUGUGUGUAACAGGGAUGAUAAUUUCUCGGACACACUAAGUCAGAAGGCUGACAGUGAGGCGAGCAGCGGUCAUGGAGCUGAGGACAAAGACAUGGGCUCCCCUACGGACACCAGGAUCUCUGACGCCUACAUUGGC